AUGGCUUCAAACAGACCAGUUAAUAUCGUCUUUGUCGGCGCAGGCGCCGUGGGCUGCUUUUAUGCCUCAAGACUUCACCACCCGAAAGAGAACAUCAAUGUCUCUCUCAUCGCCAGAUCCAACUACCCAGUACUCGUCCGUUCUGGCGUACGCAUGCUUACGCAUUCAUUUGGGGACUAUACGUUUGUGCCCGCAGCCGUCUACCCAUCAGUCUCGGCCGCCUCUCCCACGGCAACAGAUCAAUCAUCAUCAGCAGGGGCCCAGCCACCCAAGGAUGGAUGGGACUAUGUCAUUGUCACAACCAAGGCGCUGCCAGACCGCGUCGAUGACGCGGCAACCAUUGCACCCCUUGUCACUCCAGGAAAGACGUGCAUAGUGCUCAUCCAGAACGGCGUGGGCGUGGAAGCACCCUACCGCUCCAGGUUCCCCAGCAACCCCAUCGUCAGUGCCGUCACCGUGGUCAGCGCCGAGCUCGUAGAUCCCGGCACUGUCCGCCAAAAUCGCUGGACACGCCUCUACCUUGGCCCAUACGUCAACUCGGCUUCAUACUCUGAAGACGAGGGCAAGACCGGCACCAGCCAGAUCACCGCCGAUAUGGGGCACAAACUCGACGACGCGGGAUCGGCCUGCGUGACGGCCCUGACGGACUGGUGGACGCGGCUGGGUAGCAUCAAGGACGUCGAGUCGCACGCGGGCGACGAGCUGGGCCUGCAGACGGUGCGGUGGCACAAGCUCGUCAUCAACGCGGCCUUCAACCCGUCCUCGGUCCUCAGCGGCGGCCGCAACAACGCCCACAUGGCCACGGACCCUGAGUUACGGCGGCACCUGCGCGGUAUCAUGGAUGAGAUCUUCGCCGCAGCCCCACACGUCCUCGGACGCCCAUUCCCUCCCGACCUGGCGGCGCCCGAGAAGAUCCUGGCCAGCAACGAGCGCAACAAGGGCUCCAAGGGCCCCAGCAUGCUGCUCGACUGGCAGGCUGGGCGGCCGCUGGAGCUCGAGGUCAUCGUCGGCAACCCGGUCCGCAUCGCGAGGGCCAAGGGCGUUGAGAUGCCGAGGCUGCAGAGCGUGUAUGCGCUACUGAAGAGUAUGCAGGAGGCAAGGAACCAGGCAAAGGCGAACGGUCAGGAUAGGGGGAAAUUGUAG